CACACUCUCAGCAGCACCAGUGUUUGCCACUCUACCUGAUCGAGCUCGACCACAACCAGCUUUGAUUCCUUCAGUCACUCACCGUCGCCGGAUCCUGUCAUCGCAUCCAUGGCCAUGAGGAGCGCGACGAAGCAGGUGAUCCGGGCCUUGGAGCCGGCUCUCCUCAACGCGCCGGCGACCAGGAGCCUCCAUGCGUCUCCGGGCAGCAAGAAGAUCGUGGGCGUCUUCUACAAGGGCGGCGAGUACGCGGCGCAGAACCCAAACUUCGUGGGCUGCGUGGAGAACGCGCUCGGCAUCCGCGGCUGGCUCGAGUCGCAGGGCCACCAGUACAUCGUCACCGACGACAAGGACGGCCCCAACUGCGAGCUGGAGAAGCACAUCGCGGACGCGCACGUGCUCAUCACGACGCCGUUCCACCCGGCGUACGUGUCGGCGGACCGGAUCCGGCGCGGCAAGAACCUGGAGCUUCUCCUCACGGCAGGGAUCGGCUCCGACCACGUCGACCUCCCCGCGGCAGCCGCCGCAGGGCUGACCGUCGCCGAGGUCACCGGCAGCAACACGGUGUCGGUGGCGGAGGACCAGCUGAUGCGCAUCCUCGUGCUCACCCGCAACUUCAUCCCCGGGCACCAACAAGCAAUCAACGGGGAGUGGGACCUGGCCGGCAUCGCGCACCGCGCCUACGACCUCGAGGGCAAGACGGUGGGCACCGUCGGGGCCGGGCGCAUCGGGAAGCUGCUGCUCCAGCGGCUCAAGCCCUUCGGGUGCAGCCUGCUGUACCAUGACAGGCUCAGGAUGGACGGCGCGCUGGAGGGGGAGCUUGGGGCGACGUUUGAGGAGGAGCUUGAUGCCAUGCUGCCCAAGUGCGACGUCGUCGUGCUCAACAUGCCGCUAACUGAGAAGACCAAAGGCAUGUUCAACAAGGAGAAGAUCGCCAAGAUGAAGAAGGGCGUGAUCAUCGUCAACAACGCUCGUGGAGCCAUCAUGGACACGCAGGCAGUGGCAGACGCUUGCAAGAGUGGCCACAUUGCUGGAUACGGUGGCGACGUGUGGUACCCGCAGCCGGCGCCCAAGGACCACCCGUGGCGCUACAUGCCCAACAACGCCAUGACCCCUCACAUCUCCGGCACCACCAUUGACGGCCAGCUGAGGUACGCGGCCGGGGUGAAGGACAUGCUGGAGAGGUACUUCAAGGGGCAGGACUUCCCGGAGCCCAACUACAUCGUCAAGGAAGGCAAGCUCGCCAGCCAGUACCAGUGAGCAUCCAUGGAAGAAUCGCAGCUGCAGUGCUGCACCAACCAAGUGCUGUGCCAGUCGCCAGAAACUAAAUAAAGAGGCUUGGUCAUUUGCAAUGGCCAUCAGCCAUGCAUAAAUAUCUCUGCCUAAAUAAAAUGGAGUGAGAACUCGUUGCUUUGAUCUGUCAUCAAGCUUCCUUCGCUUCGCUGUAUUUGGUUUGGAACUAGCUAAUGAAGUCAAGCUGUUCCACAAAGGUCGUCUGAACCUUGAAGAGUGUAGCUCCUUGUAGUACUUUAUCAUCACAUGAAUAACGACUUUGCCAAAAGUAA